CUACUUUCUUUUACUGAAAGUACCCCGCCAAACAAAAUGUUGUUGGACUACAUUUACUUGAACUCUCUUCUUGACGAAUCGAAAAUUAAAUCCGCUCGUAAAAACGAUGUCAACAACUUGACAUUUGUAGGUCUUAUUUUUAAUUAUCUAGUUCGUCUCAACUAUGAGUGCCAGUCCUCACUAACUCAUUGGUCUUUGUAA